CUGGGUGUGAUAGGACAGCCAUCAUCGAACCAUGGCCUUCCUGUGGAUCCUUUCAUGCCUCGCAUUCAUUGGCGCCACCUACAGUUGUGGUGUUCCUGCCAUCCCUCCCGUAAUCACCGGCUCACCGGAUUAUUUUGCAAAAUGUGAGGAGGCGGUGCCUCAUUCAUGGCCAUGGCAGGUUUCCCUGCAGGAAUCUAGCGGCUUCCAGUUCUGCACCGGUUCUCUGAUCAGUGAAAACUGGGUGGUGACGGCUGCUCACUGCAAUGUCAGGACGUACCAUCGUGUGAUCCUGGGUGAGCACAACCACUCCUCCAACAGCGAGAGCAUCCAGGCCCUGAGAGUGAGCAAGGUCCGAAUACACCCAAAAUACAACCCCUACAACGUGAACUACGACAUUGUGCUCAUCAAGCUGUCUAGCCCUGCUGAGAUGACCAUGCACGUUUCUCCGGUGUGUAUGGCUGAGAACACUGGCAACUUUCCCGGAGGCAUGAAGUGUGUAACCACCGGCUGGGGCCUGACAUGCCACAAUGCUUUAGUCACCAACACUGGGCUUCGGCAAGCCGUCCUUCAACUGCAAACCAAUGACGAGUGCCGCCCUUUCUGGGGAAACCAGGUCACCAACCAGAUGAUCUGCACUGGACCCUCUUCCUGCAAGGCUGAAUCUGGUAGUCCACUGGUCUGUCAGAAGGACGGAGCCUGGACGCUGGUUGGUGUUGCAUCAUGGGGCAGCACCCGCUGCUCAACCUCACCUGGUAUUUACGCCCGCGUCUCCGAGCUGAGGGCCUGGAUAGACCAGACCAUCGCUGCCAACUGAAGACUGUUCACAUCGGUUUUUACUUUAAUGCUGAACUCAAAUAA